CCUGUUCUCUCCGGUAUUGAUGCAAGUUCGACCGAAAUAAGGAAGACCCCUUCAUAUGCUGGAAAAAUAUCACAGACAUUGUCUGCUCCCCAACCCUCAUCUGGCCAUCAACCUUCAUCCGCUCUGCAACCUUCAUCUUCUGGUACACAAAAAGUUUUAAAAAAGCGAGCUGUUCUUGAUAAUUUAUUUCCAAAGAAAAUAAAGUUCGCCAAGCAAACUGGUGAUGAAGAGGCUCAAAUUCAUAACCAACAACCGAAGAAAUGGCCAAGCAGCUCGCUGGUACAAAAAGACAUUCCCACAGACAUUGCCAAUUACGCGAACGCAUCCUCGUUAACUGAUGAACGAAAGUACCACGUUCUUUGUAUUGUUUGGAGACCAUCGGCAACGUACACGUUUCCAUUGGACAACGACAAAAGAAAGUUCCGUUUUGAAUGGUUGAACUUAUUCCCGUGGCUUGCGUAUUCACAAAAGGUGGAUGGAGCCAAAACUAUUUUGAUUCACAACCUCUACAUUGCAAUUAAUCUAGGACACUUGUGA